GAUGUCGCUAGUUUCGUACACUCCAACUCGGUGCACGUUCACUCUGUGCUGAACGUUCGUGGGCAGCGGUUCUCGCAGCGCGUUUAGCGGAUAUUUUUCCCCGAGUUUUCCAUUUCCCUGGUGGUUUGAAUCCGGGCAGAGACAUUAUAUAUUAUCUCGCAUAUAUAUCGCGCAAACUUGGAGAAGGUCUUGACUUUCGAGCGGUGUUUCGUGGAUAUAUAAACCGCAGCCGAUACGUUUUUCGGUUGCUCCGGAUAUCCCGUUGGUGGUUUUUUAUUUUCAUCCCAUUCCGUGGCUUGGCGAAGCGUCAGCGACGCCCAGCUCUUCAAGAUUUAAGAUUCGGGGCCAACAGCAAUUCCAACCGCAGCCCGAGAUGCCCACCAUCCGGCGCUGCUGCAUCAUCGGCUGCCUGUCCAAUUCGCGUCAGCAUCCGAGUAUGCAGUUCUUUGCCUUUCCACGCCCCGAGAAUCCCUUCCACAAGCUGUGGAAGGAGGCCUGCCACGCCUCCCUGCGCCGGAUUGUGCCCUUCAAAAAGCCCGUGGUGUGUGCCCUGCACUUUGAUCCCAGUGUCCUGGGCGGACGACGGCUUCAGUCCAAUGCCUUGCCCACGCUACGGCUGGAGGUGCCCUCAAAUCUAGAGGCCGUGGAGCAGCAGGCAAUGGUGGAGGAGAUCGAGCGGAGCAGGAAGUGUGCCUACAUCAAUGCCGUCGUCUACGAGUGGCUGGUGCGGGCCAACAUAAAUCCGCAGCUAAGGGGCAGCAUCACCCACGGCAUGAUCAAGGACAAGGCGGAGAAUGCCCGCCAGGUGAUCGGGAGCACCUCGUUUAUCGCCGACAAUCGCUGGCUGAACCGCUUUCGGGAGACGCAUCUCCAGGGCUUUGCCCAAAAACUGGCCAGCAAUCAGCUAAAGUCCUUGGGCUCUUCCCUCUGGAUUCCUGACAUAGUGCAGGACCUGGCUCAUCUCUUUCCGCCCGCUAGUGCUGAACGGGUGGCCAAGCUGGAGGAGAUGCCCGAACAGUACAUGAGCUACAUGCAGCAGUAUGGCGAGUACGAGGAGGAUGACGACAGUAUGGAUGUCAAGGAGCAGAGCUACCAGGAGCAGCAACAGCAGCAGCAACACUUUGCUCUUCAACAGCAACACAUGCAGCAGCAGCAGCAGCAAAUGGGCCAUCCGUGGCCACCGUUUGCAGGACAUCCUGGGCAUCCGCCUCAUCCAGGAUUCGCCAGCUUCAAUGACUUCUACUUCGAGCGCCACCAGCAGCAGAUGCAGCAGCAACUCCAACAGCAGCAGCAGCAGCAAAUGCAGCAACAGCAGCCACAGUUCCCACCUUCCAUGCCGCCGCAAAGGGAACCCUUUCAGCCGCAACUGCCGCCCAAUGUGCCUCCCCAGAGAGCCAGUCCCUUCCAGCCGGUGCAGUUGGCCAAGCGGCCAAAAAUGGAGUCUCCCGACGAUGAUGAGGUGCAGGAAAUCAACUCGGCGGUGACCUCACCACCACUUGCUCCCGCAGAAUCAGCCAAGGGCAGUCGCAGUUCAAGUCCCAAGGAACAGAAUAACAACAGUAGCGGAGGAAGAGACAGUGCCAGCAGCAAGGAGAAUGCUCCUAAGGGCGGCGGACCCAGCGGGAAGUCCACGCCAGCACUCUCCGUCAAAGGCAAGGAUUCACCGGCGCCAGUCAAAGCAGCCUCUGCUCCCACCUCACCUAAAAAGAUCGCCAACGGCAGCAGCAAUUCCUCCGGCAGCCAAACCAAUGGUCACCCAUCUCCGGAACCCGAGCAGAAGAAGGCGGUGGCGAUGCUAAACGAACUGGAUAGCUACACGCAGGCACUGGAGUACCUGAAGCCGCUGGAGGAUUUUGUCCUCUUCAAGGAGAACUUCCGAGCGAUUGGGUUGCUCUCUCAGCUGGAAUUGGUGCUGCGCAAGGGCGACAAGGCCACGCUGGUCGAGGGUUAAGAGGACGACUACUGGGGUUUUCGGUCCACAGGACAACGAGCACAAAACACAAAUGUGAUGAACUGUGUACAUAUGUAUCAAAAAAUAGUAUUAUUAAUUUUUCAUAAAGAAUAUCCUCUCACAGA